AUCACUUCCAACAGAAGCGCCCAACUUUCUGGACGCUUCCCAGCCAACGGUUGCACCCUUUCUCUGCCACUUCUGCUGCACUCCCACUCGCCUACCAUGCCCGUCGUUCCUCCCGAGAAGCUCGUUUCGCUCCAGCGCGCGGCUGAGAGCAUUCGAAACAUAUGUAUCCUAGCCCAUGUCGACCAUGGGAAAACCUCUCUCACCGAUGCCCUUAUUGCCACGAAUGGUAUAAUAUCACCAAAGCUGGCCGGCAAGAUCCGCUAUUUGGACUCAAGACCGGAUGAGCAGCUGCGCGGCAUCACCAUGGAGUCGUCCGCCAUAUCACUGUACUUUUCGAUAACACGGAGGUCCUCCCCGGAAGAGAAGCCAGAGCUGAAGGAGCACCUCAUAAACCUGAUAGACUCUCCCGGGCACAUAGACUUUAGCUACGAGGUGUCAACCGCAUCGCGGCUUUGCGAUGGUGCCGUUGUCCUCGUUGACGCCGUUGAAGGCGUGUGUAGUCAGACCGUCACUGUGCUCAGGCAGACGUGGAUCGAGAAACUGAAACCUCUACUUGUCAUUAACAAGAUGGACAGGCUAAUCACAGAGCUGAAGAUGAGCCCCGCUGACGCCUACACGCACCUGAGCAAGCUGUUAGAACAGGUCAACGCCGUCAUGGGCAGCUUUUAUCAAGGAGAGCGCAUGGAAGAAGAUCUUCGAUGGCGCGAGAAGAUGGAGGAGCGACUAAACGCAGCAGCCGCAGACAAGCCUCAGACCUCGUCUUCAGUAAUGGAGCACGCCGAGAGCAUCGACACGACUAGCACGCCUGCUGAGUACGAAGAGAAGGAUGAUGAGGAUAUAUACUUCGCCCCCGAGAAAAACAACGUCAUCUUCGGCAGUGCCAUCGAUGGCUGGGCUUUCACCGUCAAGCAGUUUGCCGGCCUCUAUGAAAGAAAACUCGGUAUAAAGCGCUCCGUUCUUGAAAAGGUAUUAUGGGGAGACUACUAUCUCGACCCCAAAACCAAACGCGUUCUUGGCUCCAAGCAUCUCAAAGGUCGUCACUUGAAACCCAUGUUCGUGCAGCUAGUCCUGGACAACAUAUGGGCGGUGUAUGAAGCUACCACCGGAGGUAACAAUGGGAAGGGAGAUCCCGCCAUGCUAGAAAAGAUUACCAAAUCUCUUUCCCUAACGAUACCUCCCCACAUCCUCCGCUCCCGCGAUCCCCGGGCACUGUUAACAACGCUCUUCGCGGCAUGGCUCCCGCUAUCAACAGCACUUCUCGUGUCUGUCAUCGAAUACCUUCCGUCUCCACCAAAGGCUCAAGCCCAGCGCAUGCCCGAACUCAUCGACAAUUCGCCUGGCGCCGAUGCCGUGUCACCAGAAAUAAGAGAAGCCAUAGUCGACUUCAAGACGGACAAGAGUGCCCCUGUAGUGGCAUACGUUAGCAAAAUGGUCGCUGUUCCCGAGAGCGAGCUACCGGAAAACAGGCGAAGGGGUGGUACUCUGAGCGCAGAAGAAGCCAGAGAGUUGGGCCGGAAGAAGCGUGCCGAAAUUGCGCGUCAACAGGCGAUCGCAAAUGGCGAAGAGGUUGGGGGACUUGCUGAUGCCCUUGGUUCUACUGGUAUAGAAGACACUGGGACGGCAGACGGGACCGAGGAGACAAAAGAAGAGGUCGAGCACCUCAUUGGUUUCGCACGGAUCUACUCUGGAACAUUGAGUGUCGGCGACGAGGUGUACGUUCUGGGUCCCAAAUUCACGCCUGCGAAUCCGAAUGCGUCGCCUGAACCACAAAAGGUGAAGGUCACUUCACUGUACCUUAUGAUGGGCCGAAGUCUUGAGCCUCUGACUACGGUUCCGGCUGGUGUGGUUUUCGGUAUCGGCGGACUAGCUGGCCAUGUGCUGAAGUCCGGCACACUAUGUUCGCAAUUGGCUGGUUCUAUCAACCUCGCAGGCAUAACAAUGGGCUCGCAACCCAUCGUGCGGGUCGCCCUGGAGCCAGAAAACCCUUCAGACCUGGACAAGAUGAUCAAGGGCCUGAAGUUACUGGUUGAAAGCGACCCUUGUGCUGAGUAUGAAGUCUUACAAAGCGGAGAGCAUGUUAUCCUUACAGCGGGUGAACUGCACCUCGAGAGGUGUCUAAAGGACCUUCGCGAACGGUUUGCCAAGUGCGAAAUACAAGCUGGCGAGCCAAUGGUACCCUAUCGGGAGUCCAUCGUGGCAGCCGCUGAGAUGAAUCCUCCAAAAGACCCCGCGCUGCCACGAGGUACAGUUGUUGGUAUCACGUCAAGCAAGCAGAUCUCGGUUCGACUGCGAGUACGUCCCUUGCCUUCUAGUGUUACCGAGUUCCUAGGAAAGAAUGCAGCAGCUAUCAAGCGGCUAUAUGCGGAGAGACGGGCGGAGGAAGAGAGGCAGCGCAGAGGCGCAGGAAGUUCAGUAGACGGCACUGUUGCCGAACAAGAUGGCAUGGAGGAGGCGCAACCUCUCGAGACGGGCCUUACUUUAACACUAGAGGAGUUUAAGCAACGACUUGGAGAAGCGUUCCAAGAAGCAAAGGGACAACGAGAAACAUGGGCAAAUGUUAUCGAUAGAAUAGCGGCCUUCGGUCCCAGGCGAACGGGGCCAAACAUCCUGGUGGACGCUACCAACGACGGAAUCUUCACAAAGGCACUGCGCGAAGUUCAAGCACCAUCCCAGGACGCUUCUACAACGCAUGCUACCGAGCAUGUCCUCACUGCCCAAAGCUUCACCGAUAAGAUCACCUAUGCCUUUCAGCUCGCGUGUGCCCAAGGACCUCUCUGCGCAGAACCAGUCCAAGGAAUCGCCGUCUUCGUCGAGGAGGUCACCCUCGCGCUUCCAUCGGAACAACAGACCACCGACCAGAGCGGCCGUCUCACCGGCGAAAUCAUCAAGACGGUCCGCGAUUCGAUCCGUCAAGGCUUCCUGGACUGGAGCCCGCGCCUCCUGCUCGCCAUGUACAACUGCGAAAUUCAAGCCUCGACGGACGUCCUCGGACGCGUAUAUGCCGUGCUGACCCGCCGUCGCGGUCAGAUCCUCAGCGAGACGCUGUCGUCGACGUCUUCUGCCAGCACAACCGGCAACCAGACGUUCACGAUCAACGCGCUGCUUCCCGUGGCCGAGUCCUUUGGCUUCUCCGACGAGAUUCGCAAGCGGAGUUCUGGCAGCGCGAGUCCGCAGCUCCGGUUCGCGGGAUUCCAGAUGCUGGAUGAGGAUCCGUUCUGGGUGCCGUUUACGGAGGAUGAGUUGGAGGAUCUGGGAGAGUUGGCCGACAGGGAGAAUGUGGCCAAGAGGUAUAUGGAUGGGGUGAGGAGGAGGAAAGGCUUGUUCGUUAAGGAGGUUUUGGUGAGGGAUGCGGAGAAGCAGAAGACGUUGAAGAGGUAGGGAGAGAGAUGGAUUCUAUCACGUGGGGUUACAUGUGUACAUGAGUGCAAAUGGUUUCCUUUGAUGUGCAACUGCGAAUACAUUGAAAGCGGUGGUAUUCCUACCAAAGAUAGCGACCGUCAUGCAUGGCUUUCAAGAUCAAAAUAUAUAUGCAAGUAACAGCUACAAGGUCUCCUUUUGAUGAUCAUCCAA